ACAAAUUUAGAGAAUUUUGGUGUCUCAAUACAAUCAUCACUCAGAUAUAAAGGGGGAAAAUGGCGAAGUUGCAUGGAAAAGUAGAAGCUGAAGUCGAACUGAAAUCACCAGCCGACAAAUUCUUCAAGUUUUGGAGGAGCGAAACCCACAAAUUGCCUACCGUCACCUCCAAAAACAUUCAAGGAAUCAAUGUUCAUGAAGGUGACUGGGAUCAGCAUGGAGCUAUCAAGAUUUGGAAGUACACCGUUGAUGGAAAAUCUGAGGAGUUCAAAGAGAAGGUCGAGUUCGACGACAAUGACAUGUCGGUCACCCUCCACGGCAUCGAGGGCCAUGUCUACAACGUGUACAAGGUCUACAAGCCAAUGUGCAAGGUUGUCCCAAAGGAGGAAGGCAGCGUGGCUAAGCUGAGCAUCGAGUACGAGAAGUACAAGGCGAGCGACCCAAACCCCGACAACUACAUGGCCGUGUUCAUCGAGAUGACCAAGGACAUCGAUGCUCAUGUUACAAGCGCAUGAAGGAAAAGAUCAUGGCCUGACUAUGAUCAUAUAUGAAGUUGUGCUAUGUAAUGCUUGAGAUUUCUGUUACUUUCAUGUAUCGUGAUGGUCCAAUAAAUCAAGCUGGUUGAUCAGGUGAUGAGAAGCUGAGCUGGGUAUUUGGGAAUAUGAGA